AUGUCGCUUUUCUAUUGUUCAUUACUGGAUUCAGCCGAGGCGGCAUUUCACGUUUACUCUCAGUACAACCCGUUUGGUGUAGAACAGAGAGGGCAACAACACGGGAAAGACAGAGACACCGCGGAACUCAGGAUAAUCUCAAAAUCGACACAAGAGGAUUUUUAUCUCAGGGUUCGGUGUCUUAAUUCGAUCGGGGAAACAUGAUGGACGACGAGCAACCGAAGACCCUGUAUGUUGGAAAUCUGUCACGGGAUGUGACCGAGGCCCUUAUUGUGCAGCUUUUUGGUCAAAUUGGCCCCUGCAAGAGCUGUAAAAUGAUUAUGGAUACGGCAGGUAACGAUCCAUACUGCUUUGUGGAGUUCUUUGAACAUAGGCACGCAGCAUCCUCCCUCGCAGCCAUGAACGGGCGUAAAAUAAUGGGUAAGGAGGUAAAGGUCAACUGGGCUACCUCACCGAGCAGCCAGAAAAAAGACACAACCAAUCACUUUCACGUCUUUGUUGGAGACCUUAGCCCAGAAAUCACCACUGACGACAUCAGAGCUGCCUUUGCACCAUUUGGAAGGAUAUCUGACGCACGUGUUGUGAAAGACAUGGCGACGGGGAAGUCUAAAGGCUACGGUUUUGUUUCAUUCUUCAACAAAUGGGAUGCAGAGAAUGCCAUUCAGCAGAUGGGAGGCCAGUGGUUGGGCGGCAGGCAGAUCAGGACUAACUGGGCUACGAGAAAACCCCCAGCACCCAAAGCCACCUAUGAAACAACCAACACCAAGCACUUGUCCUUUGAUGAGGUAGUGAACCAGUCCAGCCCCAGCAACUGCACUGUCUAUUGUGGUGGAGUCAGUACAGGCCUUACAGAACAACUCAUGAGACAGACCUUCUCUCCUUUUGGCCAAAUAAUGGAAGUUCGAGUGUUCCCAGACAAAGGCUACUCAUUUGUGAGGUUCAACUCUCAUGAAAGCGCAGCUCAUGCAAUAGUGUCUGUUAAUGGCACGUCUGUAGAAGGUCACAUAGUGAAAUGUUACUGGGGAAAAGAGACUACAGACAUGGUCAGCCCCAUGCAGCAGGUGCAGGUACCCCAGCAAAACAAAGUUGGCUUCGCCGCACAGGCACAGCCAUAUGGUCAGUGGGGACAGUGGUACGGCAACGCACAACAAAUUAGCCAGUAUGUCCAUAACGGCUGGCAGGUACCCACUUACGGCGUGUACGGACAGGCCUGGAACCAACAAGGCUUCAAUCAUUUACAGGCUGGUGCUGGGUGGACUGGGGUCAGUGCAGUGAGUAACGGUGGUGUGGUGGAGCCUGCACAGGGAGUCAAUGGGACCAUGCUAGCCAACCAGACCAGCAUGGGCACUGCAGGAUACCACACACACUGAUGUGCCAAUGGACAACUCUAGCACUCCACUGCGGCUGCAGCAGGGAUUUACACACAACCCCCUCAUUCUCAACCACAAAACUAGAAGCCUGGCAUGGGGAGGGGAGGGGAGGGGCUGUGCCAUUUUCUUCCUUUUUUUUGGGGGGCCCUCCCCACCCCUCCACCUGUAAUUUAACUUUAGUUUAGGUGGACUAUGAGGCAGUUCUUGCUUGUCAUUGUGGAGUCUUGAGUUUUCCAAUACUGGGAUUAAACAACACAUCCUGAUACACACACAUGUAUUCAGACACAUUAAUGCACACCCACAUAAAUCCAUAGGUCAUCGGCCUGGUGUCCGACGGACUUAAUCGGAGAGGACUAUGCCAUUUUAAACUCAAAAGUACUAUAAAUAAAAUUCAACAAUAACUGCAACUUUUCCAUUUUGCGUUUUGUUUUGUUUUUAGAGCAAUUUCAGCUGCUGAUUUUGUAAUAUAUGAAGCUUUGCCUUUUUUUCUUUGGACUUGCCAUUUUAAAAGCAGAACUGUUUUCUUGAAAGGAGCGAUGACACCAUCGAAUCAUGUGAAAUGUCAAACCUUUAUCUUUGUUUAUAAAAUGAAUAAAAUGGAUGUCAACUGUUGUAUUUUUUUAAUUAGACAUUCAAUUUCUCUAACUAAACCAAUUGCAGGGAUUACUGCCACAUUUUUUUCCUUGACGGCAGAUAAAUAUUGCACAAUAUUAAUACGUUUUCACAAAAACAAUUUGAUGUUACACAAAUUUUAGGUAUUUUAAAUUGUUUUGCAUUCCACUUAUUUUGAGGGCUUAUAAUUACAGUAUACCGUUCUGUUUGUAAAUAACGAAACAACUGUGUUCAAGUGUUGGGAGGCUAUAUAAAGAAAUUUCAAGUGUUUAUUAUGGAUGCAUGCAUGCUUUUUUUUUUUUUUGUAGUCUGGUGGGUGGGAUGGAGGGUCAGGUUUGGGCUUCAUCUGAACUUCAUCAAUAGCGGCGGCUCUGUUAAAUGCUGAUCCAUGUGGUUUAAUGGAUUCUUCCUGAGAAGUCUCGUGGGAGAACAUACUGCAGUGCAAAGAUCCAUUCUGAACAUUUUGUUAGAAUGACAAUAAUUCUGUGUAUAAUAUCUAAAUAACGACUUUUUACAUGAAGUGUUUAGUAUUGAGACAAGAAACCUGAAUGGAUCAGAAUUUUGCACUGUUGCCCAUUGGAGUUUUAUAGACGAGACCUAUUGUGUUGCCUUAUUUUGCAUUGAUUACAUUUGGUGAAUAAAACGAUGAUCAUAAAACAUAGGCAGUGCCUAAGAAUGAUUUGAGAUCUCAUGUUUUGAGGAUUUUUCUAAAGAAUGUUCAUCUACUAUUGUGUUCUUUGUUCCAUUAAAAUGCAAAUGCGAUCCAACAUUCCUGUCUGUGAACUC